AUGUCUGCGACGCCAGGCCCUGCUCCGCCCUCUCCCGAUCCAACUCCUAGCACCUCGCAAGAAUCCGUUCAGCCUACCAUCGAGGCUGUAGACCGACUGGUCUUCGAUUAUCUUCGGAAUAGAGGAUUUAGGGUUCCUGAACAAGCUGUCCCUGAUGGAGUUGAAGGAGCCUCGCCCGACGACAAGGGCAAAGCGCCGGAACUGCCACCUCCCCAGACAAUCUCUUCGGAGGAACUCAUCAGGAGACUGGCUGUCUUCUCCCAAAAGCCGACGCAACCAGGCGAGAAUGCUCUCAAGGACUCGGCGAAUGUUCUGCAGGAAUUGUCCUCUGCAGGAGGCUCUAUCAAUAUACAGAACUUGAUCGCGAGUAUUGGAUCUAUAGGCGCCGAGGAAAUACUCUCUUCAGACCCCACGGAUAAAACGGAAGGAUUCAGGGAUUUGGAGGCUUGGGUAGAUGGGUCAUUGGACAUGUAUCGUCCUGAGUUCAGACCCAUUCUGUUCCCUGUCUUCGUCCACUUUUAUCUUGAUCUCAUCCAGUCCGGAUUUAAGGAAGCUGCGGUUCGUUUCUUCUCUGAAUUUUCGCCGUCUCUGGCGGCGGCCCAUAACAGCACCUUACACCACUUGUCCACACUUCUGCUGCCCGCCCACGUUCAAAACGACGAAUUGGCACAGCGCUUUCGAAAUGAGAAGUAUGUUAUCCGGAUGAGCAGAUCCGGGUUCAGCCUCCUAAUAGGAUGGCUCACGGAGGGUAUAGGUGGAGAGGAUAUGGGCAGUGGGGAGGGAUUUUCGGGAGAGAAAGGCAAAAGAGGUCGCUCCGCGGUCAUGCGAGUCGUCAACAAUCACCUCAAAUUCGACGUUACUACUUCGAGCACGACCACUGUGUCUCCGACUGCAUGGGAGGAGAACACCGGGCUCCUUUCAUCAUUGAUACCCCGUACGAAUGGCACCGGGCCUACCCACACGAACGCCCAAGCAUUUAAUUCAGCUCAAGGACAGCUGAAACUGGGUCCCGCACCUAUGUCCGAAGAGUUGAGGAAUGAGACCGAACGUGUACUACAGGAAAAAGCUCUGGUAGAGCACGAUCCUAGCGCACAAUAUGACAUCCAUUACACUCGUCCACAACCACCGCCGGGCGUCGUGGCACCCUCCCUUUCUGACCUCCCCCCUCACCCGCCAACGUUCAAGUCUAUCGACGUUCAGCGGGAGGUAGAGAGAGUCCGAGACGCGAAGAAACGCAUACGACUGGAGCCUUCUGCACUCAAUAACAUCGACCCCAACUCGCCUCAAGCCGCAAAUGUAAUGGCAAGGGCUUUACCCAGCAUAUGCUGUUAUACCAUACACGAUGCUCCUGAGGGAGUGCCAUCUUGCACCUUUUCACCUGAUAGCACCCUCAUGGCCGCAGGAUUCGCCGAAAGUUAUAUCCGACUGUGGAAUUUGAGGGGCGAGAAGCUGAAGGGGAUGCGAACUAACAACCUGAGAAAGUUGAAAGAGAGAGGAGGGAGUGCAACGCGAAAACUCAUAGGCCAUAGCGGGCCUGUCUACUCGCUAUCUUUCGACCCCUUGAGCGGCUCUGCUGCUCCACCGAAAUACCUGCUAUCAUCGUCCGCUGAUGCCACAGUGCGACUAUGGUCCAUGGACACCCUGACCAAUGUGGUGGCGUAUAGAGGACAUCAAAACCCAGUGUGGGACGUACAAUGGAGUCCUAUGGGAAUCUAUUUUGCUACUGCAAGUCGUGAUCGAACCGCGAGACUUUGGUCAACAGACAGGGCGAGCGCGUUGCGCAUAUACGCAGGACAUCUCAGUGACGUCGAUGCCGUCAGAUUCCACCCGAAUUCGUUGUAUUUAGCAACCGCCUCUAGUGACUGGACUGCGCGGUUAUGGGACGUACAGCGAGGUAAUUGUGUCCGGGUGUUCAUUGGCCAUCAAGGGAUUGUGUCCACCCUUGCCUUCAGUCCUGACGGUCGGUACCUGGCCAGUGCAGGGGAGGACAAUGCCAUCAACCUCUGGGAUCUGGGCUCCGGCCGACGUGUCAAGAAAAUGACCGGCCACACCGCAUCCAUAUACUCUCUUGCCUUCAGCACAGAGUCGUCCCUCCUUGUCAGCGGAGGGGCUGACUGGACCGUCCGGUGCUGGGAUGUCAAGGGUGCUGGAGGCUUGCCCGGAAAACGCGAGAAUGGUAUGGUGAACGGUACGGCCACACCGAAAAGCCGUGAAGAAGAAGGUAUUGAGACGACGGACCUCGUGUCUACCUUCCCCACCAAACGGACUCCCAUUAUCAACGUCCAGUUUACGCCUCGUAAUCUGUGCUUGGCGGCUGGACCCUAUCUUCCUCCAGAUCCGCGGUGACAUUGUACUCUUAUGCUAUGCAUGUAUCUAUCUUGCUGUAUCCAUAUGUGGGGAGGUGUAUAUUUCAACAUAUAGAACGGG